AUGCCUCUACCAAGCCCUCGCCACCACGUUAAGACGGGCUGCCGAACCUGCAAGGCCCGUAAGAUCAAAUGCGACGAAGCUAAGCCCUCAUGUAAGCGCUGCGUAUCAUCGCGCCGCGUCUGCGGCGGUUAUCAAGGCACAGCUAGCCUGACGUGCUACCGUCCAAAUCAACUAUCCGCCCGCGAUCAGAAAGAAGGCAGAGCGUUCCAGUUCUUUACAGAAAUGGUUGGACCGGUUCUCUCGGGUCCUACCGACUCUUACUUCUGGACGCAUCUGGUCAUGCAGUUCAGCCACUUCGAGCCUACCAUGCGCCACGCUGUGCUGUCAAUCAGCUCGCUCUAUGAAGAAUUUGCUAGAGGCUCACGUAUUACUCGGCAGGUCUGUGGCAGCACAUUUGCUGUUGAUCACUACAACGCGGCUAUAAAGCAUGUCAAGUCAGCUAGUGAUGAGCAAAUGAUACUAGUUCUCUGCGUACUCUUCAUUUGCAUCGAGUAUCUACAGGGAGACUUUGACGCUGCUCUUCAGCACUGCCGUCAUGGCAUCAUGAUACUCAACGACUCUUCGCGUCCGGAAUGGAUGUGUCAGUAUCUUGUUCCCAUAUUCAGACGUCUGAGUAUAACGCCGUUCUUCUUUGGCGGUGGCGAACCACCGACACGUCUACCGCAGCUGAUUGGAUUUGAGGCGCCAAUGCCUUCAGAGUUCAGUGAUGCUCGAGAAGCGCAGACAGUGAUUGACGAUCUGUUGAUUCGGAUAUUGGGGUGCCUAUACGAUGGCAAUGAUGAUAGAAUAGCAGUGGCUUCAUUACUGGAUGACUGGGAUUCCAAGAUGAAUUAUCUGGAGCGCGCACUUCCUCCAUCUGCAACAACGGAUAAAUACGCCAUAUGUGGAAUGAGAUUCAAGCAUAAAAUGGCCAAGAUCUACAUCCAGAAGCAAAAAUCGCAUACAGAAAUGUGGUGGGAUCAGCAUCUCGACAUCUUCCACGAUGCUGUAAACUUGGCAGAAGAGGCGUUUCUACUAUCAACAGGGCCAGAUCAUCAACGCAUACCACGAUCAAGCUUCAGCUUCGAAAUGAGUUGGCUACCAAUGCUGUUCUUCAUCGUCCUCAAAUGUCGGGAUCUGAAAAUUCGGCAUGCGGCAUUAUCCUGGUUGGCGCAGCUUGGACCAGCCAAAGAGGGUCUCUUCGACGUGGGGACUUUGUACAGAGUUGGAAGACGUGUUAUUGAGUUGGAACAUGAUAUAUCACUUGAUGAUGAUGCCGUUGGACUUCAAAGUGCAGGUGUACCGCCGGAGGAGAAACGCUAUUUCGCUUUUAUGAUAAAUCACGAGUUGGAAGUCAUUUCCGAGAAGGACGGCACAGUCGCUUACAGAAGGCAGGCUAAGUUCCUCACAAGAGACACAGAGGGCAAGGUAGUCGCUCGAGAGGAAUAUAUCUAUGAUGAUAAUCCUCGUGGAUGCAACGUUAGGGUUCCACCUAUGAGGUGUGCAUAUCGCCUGUAG